AUGGCUGGCAAAGCGGACUUGGUGCAGCAGAUCAAGAACAUGCAGCGGGCCGAUCCCACGUUCAGACAAACAUGGUGGGACUUCUGCGAAGCGCAGCUCGGUGGUGUCCGCGAUCCGAACCGGCAUGACGAGAGCAUCCUGGGCACCUUUCUGCAGCAGUACAACAACGGCGAAAUUGCUCCGUCGCCUUUCCGGCCUGAGGAGGACUGGUGGAACAAGGGCAAGGGCAAGGGCAAGAAGGGGGACAUGUCCUAUAAUAUGAUGCCGCCACCAGACAUGUGGGGAAUGCCUCCAGGCAUGAUGAUGGGCGGAGGCUUGCCUGACUUCGUAAAAACAGGGCAAAGAGCAUCUUAUCAUUGGAGGAAUGCUUGGAACAUCUACUGCGCCUUGUAUGGCGCAGGCAAGAACGACCCGGCCAAGCAUGAAGAGACCUUCACCCGUGGAUUUGUCGAUUACAUCGGCGAGCUUGCGGCGAAUGGUCUUUCUUCCAUUGCAGCCUCGCAGGGGAUCAACCUCGAGGAGAUUGCGCCACCCAACAAUGGCAAGGGCAAAGGUCCACCCGGCAUGGAGCCGGCUCCGAAAAGAUUCCGCUUCGAGGAGGCGGAUGGUGCAAAGCUCGAGCUGGUAGAAAAAGUUAAGAACUUGCAGAGGUCCAACCCUGCGGCCAAAGAGGCCUGGUGGGUGUACUGCGAUGGCCAGUGCGGCGGCAUGAGGGAUCCAUUGCGCCACGACCUCUCGAAUUGGCAACCUGCAGAACCGAUGAUACAACGCCGCUCGGGUGGAAGGGAUAGGAUGCAGCAGCCCCUCACCAUCAAAUAUAUCGACCCGACCUACACCGUCCGAGCCGUGCCGGCCAACACCAACGAUAGCGUCUACUGCUCGGUGCUGGGAGCCCAUGCCGUGCAUGUGGCGAUGGCAGGCUACACAGGAGUUGUUGUCGGCAAGGUGGACGAGCGUUUUGUCAUGCUGCCAAAUCAUGCCAUCACAAAGGCACCGUUGAGGCGGGUGGAGCUGAAGAGCUCUAUUUUCGAACGGAUGAUGGCCACGACGGGACAGCCAAACCUGGCGCCUGGUCUUGGAGACGAUUGGGCCUUGCUCCCUUCACCGCCGCCCCCCAGACCAGAAAAGCCACCAGUGGCGCCGCCGGAAAUGCUCAGCUUUGCAGAAUGGAACGGGCUCAAUGUGGAGGAGGAGGUUGCAGAAGUGGUAGACCUGGAAAUCAAGGACGUGACUCUGAACACCUUCGAUGGCUUCGGAGAGAUGAAAGAGUCCCGACCACUCCUGCGAAGUGACCUACUGAAGAGCCACGACGAGGUGCGGAAGCUUGAGAUCAUGCGCCUGAGUGACAACUUCCCGUCUGCAGAGGCCGCUUCGCCACUGAAGCCGUCUGCAGGAUUCCUGGAUAGCGAGUCAUGGACGGUAGAAGCGAUCUCAAGCGCGACCAGGGUGGACUCAGGCGUCGGACGACCCUACUACCAACUGAUGAGGGCCGGGCCUCGGGAGAAGCUUCAUUUCGACCCGCAGGAUGCUACAACCUGUGCUGCCAUCGUCACUUGUGGUGGCCUGUGUCCGGGAGAGAAUGUGGCAAUUCGGACAGUUUUUUUCCCAACCGCAGCUAUUGGAUCGCCUGACGUAGCAUAUGCAGCGAGAAGGCUUUAG